ACAGGAAUAAUGUAUUUGUGGCCUUGGACAUGAACCGCUCAGUCCUCUGUUGCUGUUAACAUAGCGUCAGGGACUGAUGAGGGAAGCAUGGACCUAAUGAAUGGACAGGCAAGCAGUGUUAAUAUUGUAGCUACUGCUUCUGAGAAGAGUAGCAGCUCUGAAUCAUUAAGUGACAAAGGUUCUGAAUUGAAGAAAAGCUUUGAUGCUGUGGUAUUUGACAUUCUUAAGGUUACUCCAGAAGAAUAUGCGGGUCAGAUAACACUAAUGGAUGUUCCAGUAUUUAAAGCUAUUCAACCAGAUGAGCUUUCAAGUUGUGGAUGGAAUAAAAAAGAAAAAUAUAGUUCUGCACCAAAUGCAGUUGCCUUCACAAGAAGAUUUAAUCAUGUAAGCUUUUGGGUUGUUAGAGAGAUUCUUCAUGCUCAAACAUUAAAAAUCAGAGCAGAAGUUUUGAGCCACUAUAUUAAAACUGCUAAGAAAUUGUAUGAGCUGAAUAACCUUCAUGCACUUAUGGCAGUGGUUUCUGGCUUACAGAGUGCCCCAAUUUUCAGGUUGACUAAAACAUGGGCGUUACUAAGUCGAAAAGACAAAACUACCUUUGAAAAAUUAGAGUAUGUAAUGAGUAAAGAAGAUAACUACAAAAGACUCAGAGACUAUAUAAGUAGCUUAAAGAUGACACCUUGCAUUCCCUAUUUAGGUAUCUAUCUGUCAGAUUUAACAUACAUUGACUCAGCAUACCCAUCAACUGGCAGCAUUCUAGAAAAUGAGCAAAGAUCAAAUUUAAUGAAUAACAUCCUUCGAAUAAUUUCUGAUUUACAGCAGUCCUGUGAAUAUGAUAUCCCCAUGUUGCCUCAUGUCCAAAAAUAUCUGAACUCCGUUCAGUAUAUAGAAGAGCUACAAAAGUUUGUGGAAGACGAUAAUUACAAGCUUUCAUUAAAGAUAGAACCAGGGACGAGCACACCACGUUCUGCUGCUUCCAGGGAAGACUUAGUAGGUCCUGAAGUAGGCGCAUCACCACAAAGUGGGAGAAAAAGCAUGGCAGCUGAAGGAGGCUUGCUACCACAGACACCCCCCUCCCCGCGGAACCUGAUUCCACAUGGACAUCGGAAGUGCCACAGCUUGGGUUAUAAUUUCAUUCAUAAAAUGAACACGACAGAGUUUAAGAGUGCAACAUUCCCAAAUGCAGGGCCAAGACAUCUGUUAGAUGAUAGCGUCAUGGAGCCCCAUGCACCGUCUCGAGGCCAAGCUGAAAGUUCUACUCUUUCCAGUGGAAUAUCAAUAGGUAGCAGUGAUGGUUCUGAACUAAGUGAAGAGACCUCAUGGCCUGCUUUUGAAAGGAACAGAUUAUACCAUUCUCUCGGCCCGGUGACAAGAGUGGCACGAAAUGGCUAUCGAAGCCACAUGAAGGCCAGCAGUUCUGCAGAAUCAGAAGAUUUGGCAGUACAUUUAUAUCCAGGAGCUGUUACUAUUCAAGGUGUUCUCAGGAGAAAAACUUUGUUAAAAGAAGGCAAAAAACCUACAGUAGCCUCUUGGACAAAAUAUUGGGCAGCUUUGUGUGGGACACAACUUUUUUACUAUGCUGCUAAAUCUCUAAAGGCUACGGAAAGAAAACAUUUCAAAUCCACAUCAAAUAAGAAUGUAUCUGUAGUAGGAUGGAUGGUGAUGAUGGCUGAUGACCCAGAACAUCCAGAUCUCUUCCUCUUGACUGACUCUGAGAAAGGAAAUUCAUACAAGUUUCAAGCUGGCAAUAGAAUGAAUGCAAUGCUGUGGUUUAAGCAUUUAAGUGCAGCCUGCCAAAGUAACAAACAACAGGUUCCUACAAACUUGAUGACUUUUGAGUAAAAGCCUGAGGGAGG